AGGCAGCAGCUUUCGUAGCCCUGGCUGGGGUUUUGCGGCUGUUCAGCUGGUUUGCAGCCAGCCCUCUGCAAAGCCGAGGCUAUUUCUGGAGCGCGGAUGGGGGUGAGCGCUGAGCAUGCCUUGGCAUGGAUGUCCCAUGGGAAGCAGCAGCCUCUUUCCACCCGGCAGCUUCACUCAUCCUCCUCUGACCAUCUUCAGCAGGGACAGGGAGUGACAGCGGGGAAAGACUCUGGCUCCAUGGCUGCCUGCUCCUCUCCUUGUCCACUCCCAGGCGCAGGAUGAGGUUCGAUUUGGGGGUUUGCAGAUGCUUUCAGAAAGCGAUAUGUGAGCCACUGGGCUGCCAGCACCACCCCGUGAUGGGAACUGCAGCGUGGUGAAGUGGGAUUGCAGCCCUUGCCAAGGCUCCUCUUGGGGAAGCUUUGAUUUUGCAUGUGGGAAAGGAAGGCGGAGAGCCGCGGGCUGCCACCGCGGCACUGGUCCAGGCACCGGCGGCAUGGCCCGGCAGCGGGACGUGUACGGUCAUGUCCUAAGAAGCUGCUGCCUAAGCUUGUUGAAUGGCAGCUCGCCUUUUGGAUUUCCCAAAACACGUAGUGUGAGCAGCGAUGUGGACUUGGGCGAAUCUCCUGUCUCACCCGAAGCCCCAGUGGACCAUGGCCGGAUUUCCAGGAACGUGAUAGCCCCAAAUGCAGGUGCUGCUGAAUAUCGUGCCACAGAUAAACCUUGGAGGAUCUCUUAUUUUCCAUAUCUUUAUAUGGACCGGUCUCGAAUACUCGACCCAUGAUGGAAGAGCAUUAGCUGAGCUGGAUGCAUAAAGGUGGACACUGGGAAAAUCUGGCCUUGUGUUUGCUGCUGAUGUCCUUUUCCACCAGUGAAAUUCAGGAUGCGCCUGGGUCCAUUCCCUUGAGGACUUUGCCCUUCUUCCCAAAAAGCGCAGUCAUGUGCUGAGUCCCUGCCCAGGGGGAAACAAGUAUGGGUGACUCUGCAGAGACCGUUUGCUCCAGCGCGGUGUGUCCCACCUCAGUGCCUCAGCUGCCACGGCUGUAGCUGGUAUCUCAAGCCCUGAUCCUGAUCUCCAUGCAGCUCCUUCCCUACACAGCUUACAUCCUUCCCUGCACAUCGAUCUCUCUGGGCAGUGAAAACUUUGAGAAACCUCCACCCCUGAAGAGCUCAGCCUUGGGUUUCUCGUUGUGCCAAGCCUCUGUCCUCACCCUGGCCAGCCUUGCCCACAAUGGCGUUGUGUCUCAAGCAAGUCUUCAACAAAGACAAAACAUUUCGUCCUCGAAAGAAGUUUGAGCCGGGCACCCAGCGCUUUGAGCUAUACAAGAAAGCCCAGGCCUCCCUCAAGUCUGGGCUGGACCUGAAGGCGGUGGUCCAGCUGCCUCCUGGUGAAAGCAUCAACGACUGGAUCGCUGUGCACGUGGUGGACUUCUUCAACCGUAUCAACCUCAUCUAUGGCACCAUGUCGGAGUACUGCACAGAGAAGAGCUGUCCCAUCAUGUCGGGGGGGCUCAAGUAUGAGUACAGAUGGCAGGAUGAUAGCAAAUACAAGAAGCCAACCAAGCUGUCAGCCCCACAGUACAUGUGUAUGCUGAUGGACUGGAUCGAGAUGCUCAUUAACAAUGAGGACAUCUUCCCCACCAGGAUAGGUGUUCCCUUCCCCAGGCAGUUCCAGCAAGUUUGCACUAAGAUCCUCACCCGCCUCUUCCGUGUGUUUGUCCAUGUCUACAUCCACCACUUCGACAGCAUCAUCAACAUGGGUGCUGAGGCUCACGUCAACACCUGCUACAAGCACUUUUACUACUUCAUCAGGGAAUUCAGCCUCAUUGACCAUCGGGAGCUUGAGCCUUUGAAAGAAAUGACAGAACGAAUCUGCCACUGAAGCAUUCUGGCAAGCGAACUCAGCUGGCUCAUUUGGAAUCUGAUCGAAGAAGAGACCCUGUGGUGGAAGACUUCUUCCCAAAGGACUCCCUCUGGGCAUUUCAACUCAAUGAACUAUCAACACUGCAGAAGAGCCCCUUCAGGACAGAGCCUAAUCCUCAGCUUGCCAAGCAUCUCUGGACAGAUAUAUAUAUUUUUUUAUAGAUCCCAAUCUCUAUUGCGUGGCUUCUCUGACUUACUGGAGAACAAGGCAAGUUUAGUUGACUUUUGCACACUCUGGUUUCUAAGACUCAAUCCCAUGUCCGUAACAUCCACUCACUACCUUUCCCCUUGUUUUGUCCUCAGCUAUGCUGAUCUCCAAAUCACAGAAUCAUCAUAGAAUUGUUUGGGUUGGAAGGGACACCUCUCACUAGACUAGGUUGCUCAAAGCCUCAUCCAGCCUGGUCUUGAACACCUCCAGGGAUGAGGCAUCUUCGACUUCUCUGGGCAACCUGUGCCAGUGCCUCGCCACCCUCAUAGUGAAGAAUUUCCUCUUCAUAUCUAGUGUAAAUCCAUCCUCUUUCAGCUGUAUUGAUGAUUCCUAUCCUGUGAGCAGGUGUGACACUGGGUACUGAGUAACGCCUAUUACCUUUCCUACCUGCAGUGGGUUUGUUUACAUCUGAGAUCAUCUCUGCCAGGUUGCUGACGUUUGAUCCCAGCUGCCUUCAUGCAGUUAGUUACCGAUGUACUGUUUUUAACCAUGAGCUAUGAAUGUCUCUCCUGCCCUAAUUCAUGCUUUACCAAAGGGACCCUUUUUCCCUCCCAAGGGAUUUUUCAUGCUUGGCAGAGCGGGCUUCAAGAUGUUCUAAGAUACAUCCAACAGUGCUUGAACUAAUGGCGAGAUGGCCCCAUGACAGAGGAGGUGAACGAGGCCACUUUUCAGUGUGACCAGCACAGUCUUCCUGAGAAAGACUUAGAAAGUGGUGGAAAGAAACUGUUGCCAGAAAGCAACGCUUUCAACACGUCAGCAUUUCCUGACACACUGUCUUGGCUCAAGAUCAGCAGAUGCUGGCUGUAGAAAUUGUUUCCAUUAUCCAACCCUACAGCAUAGUAAAUCAGGUGAAGAAAGACUUUAAAAGAUACCUAAUCUACUCUGGUUUUCCAAAAAGGCAAAAUCUGUCUUUCUUAAGCGUUUUUGACAUUUUAAAAGCCUACCACGUCUACCUGGUCUGUGCCAUUAUUCCCCUAAAAGGUAUCACAUCUCAAAAUUUCUUUUCCUGUUUGCAAUGCCUGAUAACCAGUGUUGUGUUCCCUGUGCCAUGUUUCUUUUGAAAAGAAUUGAAGUAUUUUUUUAUACUGUUUUGGAGAAGUUAAAAUCAAAUUGUCUGAGCCACAGCAUUGUUAUGUUUGUGUUUCCUUCCCUUUUUCUGGGAAAGUUUUGUAUACCAGACACAGCUGAUGUUUAUAAUCUGUGGUUUGCCCAUUUUGGGGGUAGGGAGGGGAUAUGGCUAGAAAAUGUAAAUAUUUAGGCCAAAAUUAAAGUGCACAAGUGAAUUUUUAGUGUUCAAAACACUUAUUUUGUUGGAAAAUCUAUUUUUUUUAAUCUUGUGUACCAGAUGUAUAUUUUUACAUGGAAAUAAAACAGAGCAAAAUGGACACAAAAACACCUGAUACAUCAUUACAAUAUUUUCUGUGUAAAAGAAAUAGUAAAAGUCCA